CUGCAAAGCCACAUCCACGACUUGAAAUUUGCACAAGGUGUUGUUUUUUACCGUGACCGGAAAGCGCCAGCUUUGCUGCACUUCUGUGGACCUGAUUUAGGCGAAUUAAACCACGCGGCUAGCGGAAGUACAAGUAAGGCCGCAGGGCAAGGGUUUCAUUUAGAUAUAGAUUAGAGACUUUUUGUGUUGUGAUUUCGAACAACUGUAUCUACUUCUAGUAGUUGUAGACAUGUGAUGCGCAGCGACUGCGACACCAUCCACCAGCACAUAACUGUAGUUCUAAUACACGCCGUCGACGCCAGGUUGCACAGGCAGCAAGCUACUCAUCAGUAGAGGGCAAGGUAGAUACGAACAACAACCGAGGCCGUG